AUGGGUCGAAUGUUGCAUGUGCGUUGUGCCGCACACAUCUUAAAUUUGAUUGUGCAAGAAGGACUAAAGGUGAUAGAAGAUGGUAUUAGUAAUGUGCAUAGCAGUGUCUUAUAUUGGAUAUCAUCUUCAGGCAGAAUUGAAAGGUUCGAAGAAGCUGCAGAGUUGCUACAUAUUUCCUGUACUAAAAAGUUGGAGUAUGAUUGCCCUACUCGUUGGAACUCAACAUAUCUUAUGUUGAGAACAACCCUAGAUUACAAAGAGGUGUUUACGAAGUUGAGUUUAACUGACAUCAAUUAUCGUUGUUUUCCAACCGAAGGGCAAUGGAGUGCAGCACAUGAAGUUUGUGAAACGUUGAAGUUGUUUCACCGUAUCACUGAACAAUUCUCAGGGAGUCAAUAUCCAACUUCAACUCAAUACUUUUCAAAAGUUUGUGAUAUUAAGCUAGAACUGGAAGCUUCGGUGAAAAGUUUAAAUUCUUUGAUUUGCUCUAUGGCAUCAUCAAUGUUGUUGAAAUUUAAGAAAUAUUGGGAUGAUACGCAUAUUUUGAUGGGGGUAGCUACUAUCUUCGAUCCGAGAUAUAAGAUGAAGUUGGUUGAGUUCUAUCUUGCACAAAUUUAUGGUGAAGAAGCUUUACAAAAAAUUCAAGAAGUUCGAAACCAUUGUUUUGAUCUCUUUCAAGAGUAUACGAGUAGAGUGGUUGCUUCACAUGAGUCAUUUCAAGCAUCUAGUUCUAAUAAAGUUGCUAGUGUUGUUGAGGGUGAUCGACUGUCUAGUUUUGAUAGGUUUGUUGCUUCGAGUAGCGCAAAUGUGGACCCAAGAUCGGAGUUGGAGUCAUAUUUAGAAGAAGGUGUGCUACCUCGUACGCCAUCAUUUGACAGUUUAAGCUGGUGGAAGACAAACGGAUUAAAAUUUCCUACUUUGCAAAAGAUAGCUCGUGACCUCUUAGCCAUUCCUGUCUCUACUGUUGCUUCAGAAUCGGCCUUUAGCACUAGUGGGAGAUUGAUUAGCCCGCAUCGUAGUAGACUUCAUCCUACUACUUUGGAGGCUUUGAUGUGUGCUCGAACUUAG